AUGUCCAACCUCAGUGAGGCAGAACUCAUUCACAUGUUUAAGGGGAUUCCCUUUACCACCAGGUCUUCUCUGGAACUUUUAAAAUCCUUGGAUACUUUUGAUGCUAGAGAAGAUGAUGUCCUUUUGGUUUCCUAUCCCAAAUCUGGCACUCACUGGCUUGCAGGAGUUAUAACAAAGCUUUACGAUCCUCAAGUUACACUAACAUCUCCCAUUGAAUUUGGAGACAAAUCCAAUCUGGAGGAACUGAAUAAACUCUCAUCAAAGAGAAUCAUCCCAACACACUUAAACUACAACAUGUUACCUCCAAAUUUUAAGAAUAAAAAAUGCAAGAUGAUCUACAUCAGCAGAAAUCCAAAAGAUACCGCUGUUUCCAUGUAUCAUUACUACAGAGAUAACCCAAACCUUCCCACUGUUGACACCUGGACUGCUUUCUUUGACUUGUUCUUAAAAGGAGAUGUUGUCUGUGGAUCCUGGUUUGAUCAUUUCCUAAGUUGGGAAGAACAUGAAAAUGACAAAAACAUCCUAUUUCUGUUCUAUGAAGACAUGAAGAAGGAUCUCCCUAAGAUUGUAAAGGAAAUUAGUCUGUUCCUGGGUUUACAUGUCAGUGAUGAUGAUAUCCAAGACAUCUGCAAGAAGUCCUCAUUCUCAGAGAUGAAAAAUGACACAGAAAAGGAAAACUGUGAUUCCAGUCACACCGUUUGCUCACUGACAUCCAACAGGAGGCUGAUUUUCCGAAAAGGUGCUGUUGGUGACUGGAAGAACCACUUCACUCCAAAACAGAAUCAAAGGUUUGAGGAGAUAUUUAAUGAGAAAAUGAAACUCAGCAAAAUGGCAAAAAGCCUCACCUAUGAAUUUUGA